CACUUUCCUUCCAAAUGUUACUUGAAUUUACUAGUCGUUGCUCAUGCGUUCGUCCGUCGGACUGGGGUUAUGGUUCUACGCUGAUUGACUUACUGGUCGGCUUCAAGCACAAGGGGAUCCGUGGACGUCUCCCUGGAAGAGCAAGAUCCACCUACCGUUCUGACCGAGCAUGACCAUGGGCGCUGCUAAGAGAUGCUCGGUUACAAUCAGCAGGCUCUACUCCGUAUAGUGGUUCGAUCCCUAGGGCAAAG